GCCUGCGCAAAGCAAUCAGUAGAGUUGUGUAUGGUGGAUGCCAUCCGUCAGUGUUUAUCAGAACCAUUAAUAAUUUACUACAGAGAGUAAUGAAGAUUUGUUUAAUAUCCCCUCGUAUGUACUGAGAAUUUAGCUUAGCUCGUAGUGUUGGAGAGGUAUGACGUGUUGAAAUUGUGGUUUUAGUUUUUGCAUAUAGGCACGUUUUGACGGAACUUCUGAUAUACCUUGCAAGCAAGCCGUCGUAUUUCUUGCGAAUUGACAUGUGGGAGGUUGGUAUAUUUGCAAAGUAUUUUUGUUUUUGAUUGUUUUGAGUAGACAUGCGUGAAUACAAAGUUAGAGGUAGUGACAAAAAUGAACAGAAAAUCUUUAAACAUACUAAAAAAGGCAACAAACCGAAGGAUAUUAAGAGAAGGAAUGUGGAUAAAAGGACUGUGAAUGAUGAAGACACUGGAAGUAUUGGUGGUGAGCUUGAAGCAGACAUGCGAGAUUCUCAGUGUUCUGCUAGAACUUGUAGUUCACCAGUUAAAUCUGAAUAUUCUGAAGAAGGCAGUGGGCCAGAACUUCCUGGAUCUUUCAGCUUUACUGGAGGGAAUGGCACACAGAGUAGUGGAAGUAGUAGAAAUCCAUUUCCUCCCAGCUCUAGCAAGAAGCAAGGCAUUUCUGGGAUAAAAUUUCAACCAGGGACCCGGCUAGAAGCUAAGGAUUUAGGAAAUGGAAUAUGGUAUGCUGUAAAAGUAGUUGAAGUGGACUGGGAGGAAGAGGAAAUUCUGAUACAUUUUGAGAAGUGGUCUCAACGUUAUGAUGAAUGGAUUCCAAUGGAUAGUUCACGAUUGAGGCCAGUAAUGGAACCUCCUGGAGGCAGUUUUGUCAAGAAAAUUACAAAGAUCUUUAAAGUUGGGGAUAAAGUUAUGGCAACAUGGAGUGACAGUCGGAAGUACCCUGCUACGGUCAAGACGGUUCUUGGCAGUGACAAAUACGAAGUAUUGUUUUUUGAUGGUUUCUCAAAAAACAUUAAGGGAGGAAGAAUGAUUCCUUUGAAAGAUGAAGAACUUGCAAAAAUACAAGAAUUGCAGCCAGGAAUAGGUCCCAGUAAUGAUGUCACCAAUUCUCCGCUUUCUCUGGCACAUUCCUCCUCUCAGAUGAUCACCACUUCAAUGGCAGCCACAUUGGGGACGAAAGAAGAAAGAAGGGAGCGGAAACGUAAAUUAAAUGUGGCAGAACUCUUCCACUUUAAAAAAAGACCUCGCAUAGACAACCCGUCUGUUGCUGCUUGUUUGGAGAAUAGAAAAAAGGCUCAACGAGGAGGCGGAUUUGGAAGUCGUGGAAGGAAAAAAGGCCAAUGGACAGAAGACAUGUCUGGUGUUGAUUCUUCAUCUAUUGACGUUAAAAUAGAUAAAAAUCCCGUGGGAAUGUCUCAAGAAAAAAAAGAAAAUGUGUUGGCUGAUGUGCUGAGUGUGGAGAGUAAAAGAAGAGAGAAUAUUGUAAAAAACCGAGGAAAAAUUAGCAAAUUAGAUAAUAAUUUGACUGUUAAAAGGUCCAAGAGUGAAAUGUCUGGACAGAGGAUUGAUGAAGAGGGCAAGCCAAUGAGUGGAAAAAAGAUUGGGCGCAAAAUGAACAAAUUCAAAGAAGGGGCAAGGAGGUCCCACUCAGCCACACAAUCCAAGAGAGACAAAGGUCUUGAAGAUUCUGAUCAGCGGGGCCGGAAGAAGGAAGACGGUGAUGGUAGCAGACCUGCUCGGGCUGUAGACGAUUGGGAACCGAUUGGAGAACCAGCUCCAGAAGGGCGUAAAUUUCGCACACGCCAUGAAUUACGUUUAUAUUAUGAAGAGCGUGGAGAAAUAUUUCCUUCUGAGCAGUUUGACUUUUCGCUGGGUAGACGCAAGAAUAAAGCAGCAAUGGAACGUGAAGGAAACAGUGCAAUGUCAUCAUCUUCUGCCGGAUGUAUGUCAAAUAACAAAACAGGGCGUCAAGCAGGUGUGGGUUCGACCCCACUGAAUUUAGGUCCAAGCGUGGAGUCUUCUGGUGAUACCCCGGUACGACGUGUGAAAACUCUCUUGCCACGCAUUCGGCCGCUGAACGCAGAAGGUGGCCUGCCACCAUCAGUUCUACAUGGAACACCAGGAAAUGAUCCUGUGGAAGAUCUUUCUUUGUUAUCUGAUGGUUCAGUACUUGGUGGACUGAAAAUUCAGAAAGAGAACGAUGCUUUUAGAUGCCCUAAAGAGGGAUGCAAUAAAAACUUUCGAAAGGAGAACCUUCUACAGAUGCAUAUGAAACAUUAUCACCCAGAAUACAAUCGCUUUGUUGCAUCAACACCCAAUGUAGCAGACCUUGCCUAUGCACGAACAGUGGGAGAACCUUUGGAGGAGUUACAUACACGGACACCACGACCUUCAGUUCUUGAUAAAAUAUCAAGAUUUGAAGCCUUACGUCGUGCUCGUGCAACUCCUGGUGAAAGUGUGUCCUCAAGUCCUCCUGUUUCAUCAACAUUACCAUUGGCAUCAACUGCUGCAGCUGCCUCUGCCUCCGAGUCUUCUUUGCCCAUGUCUCCACUCCAUUCUGCUACGCCUAAGUCUGCGACUGGAAGCCUUCGACGUCGACUUGGAGAAGUAGAGGCAAGUGAUGUCUCUCCUCUGGUGGAAACUUUGGAUGCAGGAGCACCAUCAGGAGCAAUGCCGCGUUCACCAUUAAUCACUGACCAUGGGGAGGUGCCUCAAACUGUAAUUCGAACACUUGUGCCUGUCGUACGACCUCUUCCUGUAGAGAUGACGCUUCAGUUAACAUCAAAUGAGGGUGAAGGGGACUUAAUUAAGGGGUUGGGCAAUGCAGUUUUACAAAACUCCCUUCCAUCAGCUGAAACUACAUCAGUUUUAGAAAAGAGGUUAGAAGAAAAAGAAUUAGAUACAUCUUCAUCAACAUCAGUAGUACCCAUUUCCAAUGCCAGCCAUACAAAAUCGUUGAGAAUGGUGCGUCGCCGUCAUAUGUCAGAUUUUCAUAUGGAGCCACUCUUAAAGAAGCGUAAAUCAGAUGCUGAAGAGACUGCACAAAAUGCAGUGGUAAAUGGAGCUGGCAACAGACAGACUCGUACUGAGUCAUUGCGUCGAGAAGAACUUAUUAACUGUACAUGUGGUUAUCCUGAAGAGGAUGGGCUUAUGAUCCAGUGUGAUUUGUGCAUGUGUUGGCAACAUGGACUUUGUAAUAACAUUGAACACGAAGAUCAUGUUCCAGAAAAAUAUGUGUGUUAUAUAUGUCAGAAUCCUUCAAGAGAGAGACGAUCCAAACACUUCUUGCAUGACCAGGAUUGGUUAAAAGAAGGACGAUUGCCAAGUCUGUCAUUCCGUUCGAAGAAUCCUCUACAAAUAGCUCAAAAUGAAGCAAUUUUAAAGGAUUCACAUGACCUCACAGGAACCCUCCUGCAGUUGCAAACUGUAAUACACAGUCUACGUGUCAAAGUCAACAUAGCAGAAAAGAAAGAUCACCCAAAGCUGUACUUGUGGGCUCAUAGUUGGGAAAAGGGUCAGAAUCCAUCUCCACCGGAUUUACAUGUUCUCUCAAGAAAUGAAAGAAAAAUUGACACAGCUGAAACUUCUAUGAAAACAGAAGAGCAAAAUGAAGUUGAAACUUCCAAAACAAAAAGGAACUUCUCUCACCAAUACUCUACAGUGUGUAAUAAAUAUGAUGCAGUAGAGCAAUCUCUUGAGAUGUGUGAGGCACCAGUGGAAGUGAAACUUGAAGUUGAAACAAAAACGAAUUCACCUGAAGUAGCAGAUACUGUUGUUGUGGACAACACUAUAGAAAUUGCGACAGAAACUGAAGUAGUUACAGCAGAAACAGUUCAAGAAGACACAGAAGAGCAAAAAGAAAGAUACGUUGAUGAAGAUGAUAAAUUGUCAUCAAAGAGUAUACAAGAUUCCAUGUCAGUUUGUGGUAAUGAAGAAAUGAGUAAUUCGACAGUUUUAUCGAGCCCUGUUAAAGUGAAUGAUAAGAAAGCAAAUUUGAAUAGAGAUAGUAAUACUGAAGACAAUGUGUCUGUCUGCCGAGAUGACUUUGAUGAAUCUUUGUCGGUGGGUAAUACAGGCAACACAAAGGAUGCUUCUGGAGCUGCAAAUGGCAUGGUUGUGAGGAAGGCAGUGCAAAGUGCGCCCCAGCCAGAGGCGCCCAUUGACCCCACUGAGUGUCGUCUGAUUCUCCUGGACCACAUAGAGCAUGGCCAACAACAAGUGGAGGAGAGACUUGCGUUAAUUGAAACACAGCUUGAAGAAUUGGAAAACAUGGAUACAUCUUCCAACAUAGACAGGUGCUCCGAUUCUCGGAUCAAGGAGACAAUUCAGAUGUUAUUAAGAGACCUUUCAGCUUUGUACGAUAUUGCUACUUUUAACUAACUUUAUUUUGGACCAGUUAAUAUUGUGUGCAUUACCAAAUAACUAUAUUGCAUAUAACAAUUUGUUAAACAUUAGAGUAUGAUAUGAGUUGUUCCUGAUGUUACUUACUUUCUUGAAUUUUGAUCUUUUCACAGAUAUCUGUAUGUUAAAAAUGAAAAAAACCUUUUAUUGUACUGUACCUGAACUAUGCAAGGAAGUAGUCAAAAAUCUGUAUUUGAAAAAAAAGUUCAAUAUUUGAAAGAUAUUGUGCUGUCUUAUCAUGAGUAUGUUUUUUUUUUUUUGUUUUUUUUUUGUUUGGCUUUACUAUUGUAAUUUACAUUUAUAAUUUUUAUUUAGUAAGGCAUUUAUAACACAUGUUAAAUGCAUUACAUAAUUCUCAUGUCUUAACACUCGAGGUAUUUAAUAUAUUCCAAAGCCCCUUCGACUUAGUGACAGUUGCACAAAAGUCAAAUCAGGCUUCAGUUAUCAAAUCAGGCCCCAGCUGGACCAAAGCUGGUAACUUUUUCUCGUAUGAAAGGGUAGAUUUUAGAUGUGAAGUCAGAAAUUCCCUAUUACAUACCUUUUUUUGAGGAAGCAUCUUUACCCCUUAAGUGGGCGUGUCACAGCACUCAGUGCUGUGCUUAUGAUGCGUUA